GAUACCGAUCCCGCUUUAAGCGGAGACUUCUGAGAGGAACAGGCGCUCGCCUGAGCGCACACAGCGUCCGAGAGGCAUCCGGGAGGGAGCCAGUAGUGGUCUGCUUUGCGACCUGCCACCAGUUUAUCUCGAGGCUCGGAAGCUACGAGCUAGGAGGCCGCGGAGGGGCGGUCAAAGUUGCCGCAGGUAAGCCGCGCGUAGCGCCGAGAUCCACAGCGGGAGCCGGAGCCCUGCGGGUGGAGCCGCGCAGGAGCCGGCCGCCGUGGGAGGGGCGGCGACGGCGGCCGGAGCAACCUCGGGAGGCAAACGGAGACGCCAUGGCCGAGUUCCCGUCUAAAGUGAGCACACGGACCAGCAGCCCCGCGCAGGGAGCCGGCGCCUCGGUCUCGGCGCUGCGCCCCGAUCUGGGCUUCUUGCGCUCCAGCCUCGGUGCGCUCAUGCUGCUGCAGUUGGUGCUGGGGCUGCUGGUGUGGGCCCUGAUUGCUGAUACCCCAUACCACCUGUACCCGGCCUACGGCUGGGUGAUGUUCGUCGCUGUCUUCCUUUGGCUGGUGACAAUCGUCUUCUUCAUCCUCUACCUGUUUCAGCUGCACAUGAAACUGUACAUGGUGCCCUGGCCGCUGGUGUUAAUGAUCUUUAACGUGGGCGCCACCGUUCUUUAUAUCACGGCCUUCAUCGCCUGCUCUGCUGCGGUUGAACUGACAUCCCUGAAGGGCACCCGGCCGUAUAACCAGCGGGCAGCUGCCUCUGUGAGUAUGGUUCCCUGGGAUGCCCUGGGCAGUUACAGGGAAGAUGGGCCAAAGCAAGGUCUGUGCCCCUGGACUCCACUGCUCCCCUGGCCCGAGACCAGGCUCCUGCCACCUGCUGAGUUACCCUCCUCACUCUCAGUGGACUCACAGUCUUCCAUAAUUACAAGUAAAACCCUGAGGAACCAGAAUGCCUGGGAAAUACUUCGGGGUGGUGAAUGAAGUUUUGGGUUAACUGCUGAACUUUGAUGAGUAUGAGUUGUGCCACACCCAUUUACGGUCAUAUGUCCCCUUGGAGAAUCUGUUAAAAACUCUAUCCACCCCCGUUGAAAAAAGCACAUGCAAGAGCCUUUUGGUUUAGGCCACGUGGGAGAUUCUUAGGCUCUCCCAUGCAGCUAAAACUUGGGCUCCACAUCAGGCAGCUAGGGAAGUACCAGAACCCCCUCCAUGCUUUCCAUGCCUCACCCUACAAGGCCCUGCAGACACUUCUUCACAGGGACUGGCAGUGCUUUCAACAGACAAGGAGACUGAGGCUCAGAGAGGUGAAGUAACAUGCCUAGACUGAGUCUGGGGUAGACCAGGACUUAGGUUUCCUCACUCUGCCUGGUGAGAAUGGUUUUGAAAUCUGUGAUCUGUUACCAGGAUAAAGACAUGGUGCUUCUGAAUAUGGCCAUAGGUAGUAGUGUAGGGUACUUAGUAACUGAUUCCAGAAAAUUCCUAGGGUAGCUUUUGAAUGUUGCCUUUUAAAACUUAAUCUCUGAUGUGUCUGAAGUAGCUCUUUCCCCUUGGUCACUCAUAGCACCUUGUCCAGUUGCCCUUCACAGUCUGACACACCUUGCCUGUGUAGGUAACGGCUUCCCCCACUAGAGUAUGUUGGCAUCCCAGAACCUGGUACCCAUCAGCCCCCAAUAGUUGUUAAAUGAGUGUACAGUUAAGUAGGAGCUGGUGUGGCUGCCAGAGCAACCCAUUCUGGUUGAUUGAGGGGCCCCAGGUGUUGCUGUCUGUGCCUGGCUGCCUGGUGCCCGGGUCACUAUCACAGCCCCCACCCCGUGUGCCACACUGCACACUCAGCUUUGCUGUCUUCUCUUUCAGUUCUUUUCGUGUUUAGUGAUGAUUGCCUACGGAGUGAGCUCUUUCUUCAGCUUCCAGGCCUGGCGAGGAGGAGGCAGCAAUGCAG